AAUAUGAUAACAAUUUAUGACACAAAGACACGUACUAAACAUAGGCUAGAUGGGCUCGGUGGGUUGACUCCUGUCCUCCUGAUUAAGGAUCAUGUGCAACAUCUCACUGACCACUUGAUGGAAUCUCAUCAGUUGGUGGUGAAUUCGAGAGUUUUGUCAGAUGAAAGCACUGUCAAUGCAGAUGAAGACAAUCUGUUAUUCAUCAUUCCCAUGAUUAAGAAUAAUAACCCAACAGUGACGGAAGAUCAUAUUGCAACAUUUAUUAACUUGAUCACUCAGAUGCAGACCAAUGAAAAGGCCCUUAUGUAUAUGGAAGUAAACCUUGAUCCCAAAACAAUUCCCUCAACUCUCAUAGCACUGCUCCUUUCUCCUGAGCGCCGCAAGGCUCUUACAGAUAAAGGAGCAGCCAGAAAGUUUCUUCAGUCCAACACUUGUCUUAUCAAAUUCCUGGAGACCCUAAAAACCAAACCUGGAGUCAUGUCAUCGAAUCAACAAGAUAUGGCAAGCAUGUUUGCUGGAUUGGGUUACCCUCCCCCUCCACCUGGUAGUGGACCAAGCAAUGCAAAUGGUGCAAGAACUGGUCCUAACAUGGGUGCAGGACUGCGCCAAGGAGUUCCAAGCAAUCAGCCCAGAAUUACACCUGAGUUCCUGCAGCAAGCUAUAUCUGGUGCAAUGAGGGCAAACAACAUUCCCUCUGCAAACGGAACAGGUCAAGCGAAUGGCGCACUGGCACAGCUUCUUGGAAGCUACCAGCAACCACCACCAGUACCUCCUCCUGCUGAAGGGACUGAGCAGCCCAUGCAGGGGGUGCAGGAGAAUAUCGAGCAGCAGAUGGCUAGUCGGAGGGAACAGUUAGAACAACUCCAUUCCAUGGGGCUCACGGACGACCUUCAAAACAUCCAGGCGUUACAAGCAACGAACGGUAAUGUAGAAGCAGCGAUUGAACUUUUGUUCAAUGAUAUGGAAUAGUACGGUGUUAUUUGUAGAUAUUAAAGAUUUGGGUCGAGUAGUUUUGAGAGUUAGGAAGAUAAAAUGCAAGAGAAUUAUUAUUGCUGAUCAAAGAC